AUGAAUCAACCUCAGAGUAGUGGUUUGAGAUGUUCUUCAUGCAAAUCCGCCAGAACAGAUGCAUGUUUUUGCUGCGACAAGUCAAAAUUCACUGACCCGAGAAACGGAGAAACCACACCAUCUGAGGUGCUAUUUGUCGAGCAAGGAGUCAAAGAAUUUGAAAAGGUCGUCGAGGGAAGAAAUAAAAAUGUGGAGGAGCUAAGCAUCGAAUUUGAAAGUGAAAUAAGGGAAGCAGAAAAUGCUCAUGAUGUUCAUCGGAAUGAAUUCUUCCGCAAGCUUGGAGAAACCCUGGCAGGACUGGAGCCCCGUCUCAUGUGCAAUGAUCUGCAUAUUGAAAUCCGCACGCCACUGGAUUUGUUGCCAAUUAUUGGAAACAUUUCGUCGGAAAAUUUCACAGACUUAGUGAUUUCAUCGAAUUCAGACGAAUUGUUCGAAAUGAGAGAUGUAGUGGAAUUACCACACUGGAAACAACUCAUAUAUUUGCGUUUCCGCUGGCUCUCUUCUUUGUCGCUACCUGACAUCACACACAUUCCGAAUGCACCAUUUCUUAUUCCUUCUCCAAAUGUAGAAGAUAUUAUGUCUUUUGUUGAGGCUUGUCGUGAAUCUCCAAACGAACUGUCUCAUACUAUCAUGGCAAACACUGACAUUGCGCCCGUUGCGCAACAAUUAAAACCACUCGGAACGCAAUACACAAUCGGUGGCACUAUUAUAGGGCGAAUCCCGCGGCGGUUCGGUGGUUACAUCAAGUAUGAAAUUAGUCACUUCCUGUGGAAUUGGGAAACAGUAUCACUUUGA